ACGCUCACGCCCCUUAUGUAGCUCCGCUCCAUCUUUGCGGAAGUGGCACUGACCAGUUUCACGUGACAGCACAGUCAGCUGUCGAAAUAGCUGCGGGCGGCAGCGAAGAUGGCGGAAGAGAUGUUUGGUCGGCUUGUUAGCAUAAUGAUGGUGUUUUCUCUGUUAUUGAGUGUUUUCACAACGCGGAGCUGCAGCGACCACGUCCCGCUGAUAAUGUGGUCCAGUGAGGGUGGCUCCCUGUGGACACAGGACCCCCCAGUGGCUGGUCACAUUGUGUCCAGAUCCCAGCUGGAGACCUACCUGAGUUCUGCAUUUGGAUCUGCUCCUAAUUCUGCCCCUCAUACAGUGCUGCUGUUCCUGCAGGACAGGCUAAGCGUGGAUGACAUCACGCUCUACGGUGGCGUGUUUGGAAACAAACAGGACAGUGUCUUUCCCAAUUUGGAGACAGCACUGCAGUCCUCCUCUUCAUUGCUGGUGUUGCCGUCGGUGUCGGGUUCUGCCUCUGUCCCUGAGGUGCUGCAGGGGCUGCUGAAUGUGGCCCCUCUGUCUUUGGACCCUGAGCAGCUCAAUGAGCUGCACCUGGAUGUGUCCAGCCCCGCCUUGCUGGUCUUUCGGCUGCCGUUUGGCACUGGUUCCAAUGAAAUGGCUCCUAAAGACAGUCUCAGGGAAAACGAUAGGCUGAUGGGGAACGUCCUGGAUGCUGUGAAGGCUCAGGCCGUGCCCUAUACCGCCGUGUACACGGCCCUCGCCCCUUCUUGGGUGACACGGGAUGUGAACCCAGCCCCCCAGUCAGUCGGCCGCUCCUUGCUACAGGCCACAAAUGACGUCUAUGCCCCACUGCAGAUCCUUGACAAUAUGGGAAAAGUCUGCAUCCUGUUUUGGGCAAGCAAUCUUACAGUCAGCGUCCUUCAGAGUGGUCAAUGGCAGAAGGCUGACUUGACCGACAAGACGUUUAUCUCAAGUGGGGUCGAAAAAAAUGGCUCUUGUAAUGCUUCAAACUCCCAACUCAUCCUCAAAUAUGGAAACAUUCUAGGCUUUCAAACUUUCCAACUCACCUUUGCCAUGAGCCAGCGCCUCUACCCAGUCUCUGCACGGCAGUGGUUCACUCUGGACCAGGUUCAGCUGAACUAUGAUGGUCAUAAUGCUACUUUCAAUGGCAGCGAUGGCAUCACUGCCCCAUCUGAGUAUUCGUACCACUGUCAGAUGGUCAGCAGCUCUGACUACCCUCUGCUGGUACCAAGCACCCCUACAGACAACGCAAAGCAGUGGAUCCUCACCUUCACUGACUUCCAGAUUCAGGGUUUCGGCGUAACCGGGGAGAAUUUCUCCUACGCUAACGAUUGCGCCAGCUUCUUCACACCUGGGAUCUGGAUGGGCCUGGUGACGUCGCUUCUCCUGCUGCUCAUCCUCACCUACGGCCUGCACAUGAUCUUGCAGCUGCGCAGCAUGGACCGCUUUGAUGACCCAAAGGGUCCUGCCAUUGCUGUGCCUCAGAACGACUAAUGCAUCCCGUCUCCCUUCAGAUUCCGUGUGAGCAGAGUGUGUCCUUCUGCUCUCUGCUCCUGUAAACCUUUAUCUCAGGGUUUUUUCUCCCCCUUCCAGGGCUCCCACUUUGACUUACUCGAUGGUACUUAAUGUGCCAGUGAACUGCAACCAUUAGUAAUGGUUGUUUUUCCCUCCGAAUGCGUCCCCAGAGUGGAACCACACUGUCUUCGUUCUGUAUUCAUGGCAGGCAUUAUUGUGUAUAGUCACCCUUCUUAUGAAUUUCAGGUUUGGACUGCAUUUCAGUCGGAUUAUAGAAUAAUGGCGAAUUAUAGGUUGCCUAAUUUUGAACAGAAGAUUAACUAUGGGGAAUCUGUACAUUAUAGAGUGGCUAUUGUAAUAUUGAAUGAAUUAUGUGUCCUGUUAUGUGCAUUUGAGUGUAAGGUGUAAAUAAUCAUUUCCACUGAAUUGGUUUUGUUUUAUGUAAGUAAUGAUGUGAAGGUAUAAAGAACAUGGAGAUUUUAACUGAGGAAAAUGGUCUCUUCUGUGUUCAGACCCAUGUAACUGCUUUACUUUACAGGGAUUAAACCUUUUGAUUUCUAUGUUUUUUUUCCCCAGUAAUCAGUUGUGCUCUAAAUAUGAUCUCACCUUUGUUCUGGUAUAACUCAUCUGUCAGAAAAUGUGACAUUUCAAAUAAAUACAUGUUACGAUUCA